AGAGCUAUGCGCUAGCGACUGCCAGGCCCGUGUGCCCUACUGGCACCCGGCAAGGCCACCAGCCACACGGAGGCUGUCGGUCCCUGGGAGCUCUGCCCGCCCCCUCCCCCGCGCAGCCUGCUCUGCGCUCCCUCCUCCUCUCCGCCCACUCUCUCCGCGGUCUCCCAGCGGCGGCGGCUUUGUCUCGUGGGCUGGUCCCCGGCGGCUCCCUCCCCUGAGCAGCUGCCGCCCGAGGGAGGCGCGCGGCGCGGGAGCUGUCCAGUACCCCGGUGCUGAAACCCCGAGCGCUCGUCCUCCAGCACUACCAUGUAAGGGCCAUGAGAAGGACUGGUCGUGGCGCAGCGCGGACAUGGAGGAGGACUUAUUCCAGCUCAGGCAGCUGCCGGUGGUGAAAUUCCGGCGGACGGGCGAGAGCGCGAGGUCAGAGGACGACGCAGCUUCCGGAGAGCAUGAGGUCCAGAUUGAAGGGGUCCGCGCGGGCCUAGAGGCCGUGGAGCUGGAUGAUGGGGCAGCAGUGCCCAAGGAGUUUGCCAAUCCCACUGACGGGGCUGAAGAUCAGCGUGCUCUGGACCCUGUACUACGGCAUCCUCAGCGCUUUUGCCCCUGUGUAUAGCUGGAUCCUGGUGCUCCGGGGACUGGUGGGCUUCGGAAUCGGAGGGGUCCCCCAGUCGGUGACGCUGUAUGCCGAGUUCCUUCCCAUCAAAGCCAGAGCGAAGUGUAUUUUGCUGAUUGAGGUGUUCUGGGCCAUCGGGACGGUGUUCGAGGUCAUCCUGGCUGUGUUCGUGAUGCCCAGCCUGGGCUGGCGCUGGCUGCUCAUCCUCUCGGCGGUCCCACUCCUGCUCUUUGCCGUCCUGUGCUUCUGGCUGCCCGAGAGCGCGAGGUACGAUGUGCUGUCGGGGAACCAGGAGAAGGCCAUCGCCACCUUGAAGAGGAUAGCGACGGAGAACGGAGCACCCAUGCCCCUGGGGAAGCUCAUCCUCUCCAGGCAGGCAGACCGAGGCAAAAUGCGCGACCUCUUCACCCCCCACUUCCGAUGGACGACGCUGCUGCUGUGGUUUAUAUGGUUUUCCAAUGCGUUCUCCUACUAUGGACUCGUGCUGCUGACCACAGAACUCUUCCAGGCGGGUGACGUCUGCAGCAUCUCCAGCAGGAAGAAGGCGGUGGAGGUGAAGUGCAGCCUGGCGUGCGAGUACCUGAGCGAGGAGGACUACAUGGACCUGCUGUGGACCACCCUCUCAGAGUUUCCAGGUGUCCUGGUGACUCUGUGGAUCAUCGACCGCCUGGGCCGCAAGAAGACCAUGGCCUUGUGCUUCGUUGUCUUUUCCUUCUGCAGCCUCCUGCUGUUCAUCUGUGUUGGAAGAAAUGUGCUCACUCUGUUACUGUUCAUCGCGAGGGCGUUCAUUUCCGGAGGCUUCCAAGCGGCCUACGUUUACACACCCGAGGUGUACCCGACAGCGACACGGGCGCUGGGCCUGGGCACCUGCAGCGGCAUGGCGAGAGUGGGUGCGCUCAUCACUCCAUUCAUUGCUCAGGUGAUGCUGGAAUCCUCCGUGUACCUGACUUUGGCGGUUUACAGCGGCUGCUGCCUCCUGGCCGCCCUGGCGUCCUGCUUUUUGCCCAUCGAGACCAAAGGUCGUGGCCUGCAGGAAUCCAGCCACCGGGAGUGGGGCCAGGAGAUGGUCGGCCGAGGGACGCACGGUCCGGGUGUCACCAGGUCAAACUCUGGCUCUCAGGAAUAGUGACCAAGUGACCGCUGGGGGGCUGAGCUGGUCUUUGAGCCUGUGGAGCCCAGGGGGCUGGUGCAGCCCUGCUGGGAACACUGAUGGUCACUGCCGACAUCAAGAACUUGCCCAAGAGGACCACUUGGACCAACAGGGUUUUGUGUCCUGACUCGGUUUGCUCAUCUUCAUUGCGAUCCACCAGGGGCUGGGGAGGCGUUUGCUCCAGGGGUUCUCUGUACGUGUCGGGGAAGCUUUGUUCAUAACCUGUGGGUCUGCAUGGGGAAACCACUGCCAUGGGAGGGUCCAGGGACAUCGGCAGCCCAGCAGCCACCGCCCAGAGUCGCUGGGUCACAUCCCUGGUGAACAACAGCUGAAAGAUCUCUGCAGAUCGGCCCAGGCCCAGACCCCUGUGACACCUGCCAUCCACCGCCCAGACCUGUUCAGUAGGUUUCUCUACACCCCUGGCCCCAGGCUUUCUGCUUUGAAGUCGCAGGUGACCGAGGUGUGACCCGAGCAAGCAGGGAAACGCUUGCUCCCUGGGGCAGGGGCCCCUUCCUCCGCCUCUCCAGAGCCUGAGUGGUGAGAGCCUGGCAGGUGGACAUGCACUUGAACUGGAGCCGGGUGCCCCCGUUUGCCUCCCUCUGCAGUGGCUGUCUGCCUCCAGGGAGUGCAGAGAGGUGUCCCUGGGGCUGGCUGAACCUGUACCAGACAACAAGCUCAGAAAGCUGUUAUUCCCCUGGGACCAAGGAGCUUGAUGCCUAAAGGAGAUGAGGCUCAAGUCCAAGGCCAAAGCAGGACUCCCGAGGAGGCAGCAGAGGCAACGCUGGGCUUCUCUCCUGGCCCCUGCCUGGGUGGGUCAGGCUGGUGGUGACUCUUGGGUCGACACGGAUGUCAGGGCUGUGGGUGUUGUGCACAGGCAGAUGGCCGAUUGGGUAGCCACACCCAAAGGAUGCCACACCAGCCACCAGCUCCCUCCAGGGCUGGCACCGGGGAGCCCUGAUGCCAAGCUGGCCCCUCCGUCCUGGUUCCCGUGCCAACCCCAUCUGUUGAGGGCUGGCUUGGUCUUUGCACAGAGGCAGCUCCUGGGGUCCCAGCACUGGAGCCCACGGCACCCCUGCCAUGGAGUGUGGAGGACUAGGAGGUCCCAGAUGCGUGACUUGUGUCCCUGUUCAUGGGAGGAGGAAAGAGGCCUGCUGGGCUCGGGGUUGACCCUGGGAGGAAGGGCUUGGGGCUGAGUCUUAGUGACCUGCAUCCACUUAUGGGAUUUUCUUUAUGUACUCUUUGCCCCCAUGGUGAAGGUGAAGGUCAGGGAACUAGAACAGGAUGGAAGAAGCUGCCCGAUGCCCUCAAAGGCCAGGGAAGACUGAGCCUCUUUACGAAGUGACCCUUGCAAGGAAGCCAAGUGUGUGCGUGUGUGCGCGUGCGUGUGUAUGUAUGUAUGUGUGCGUGUGCGUGUGUUCAUCUCUUAUUAAAACACGUUGGUGAUGGACAUUGCAA